GUUCGUAAACACCAGAGGCAUAUUUGAAGUCUGUAUAUCACCCAGUCAUGUUCUUAAGUUUUCGUCGAUUAUAUAGUCGACUUAAAGACUAAAAAUAGAUAUUUUCUUCAAAUAACUGAAAUCAGGCGAAAAAGUAGACAUUUAGAUUCUCUUGACGCUGUCUUUCCCGUUUUCCUUUUUCGUUUGCAUGGGCCGUAUACGGUCCAGUGUACUGGUAAUUGUUUAACAACAAUUAAAAUAAAAUGUCAGCUCCUAGUAAUGUGAUGCUUAUUAUAGUUCGGAUAAGUUAGUCAUUUGUUUUGCACGGCUUUUUAUUUGCUGUAAAAUUAGAGUUAUGUAUAUGAAGGUAUAAUUAGCCAGUGUGUAACUUCAAGAAGCAAGAAUACAUAAAGAUCGAUGCUGUGUUAUUUCUACUAAGCUCACUAAUUUUGACCACUGCCUAGAUCGUUCAAAAUAGGAUUCUAACUGAAAAGCUUUCUUAAAGAUUUGGACAGAUGUUUACUUUAUUUAUUCACAUGAACUAAAUAUUUCCUCGGAUGCGUUCAAUUUCUGUCUGGUGUAAUUAACGUAAUAAAGUGGCAAGUUAGUAAUGAAAACUAGUUGCUACAACUAAUGAUAACACUCAGAUCUUAUGCUUGCUACCAGCAGCAUUUUGGAAGCGGUCUGUGAGUAGGACUGCUGACCAAGCCUAUUAAUCCGUCUGAAAAUGUCUUUUUUAAAAAGAGGAUAGUCAACAUAAAAAUCCAUAUUCGCUCAUCAAAAUCGAGUUUGCUAACCAGUGUUUUUACGACUCUCGGACAGUUAGACGUCUAAAAUACAAUAGUCAUUUUUAAACCAUUGGUGAGAUGGUUCAUGUCUCAUUUUCAUCUGUCCCAGAUCAAACCAUAUCAUAUUAGAACAAUAAACAAGCCUUUAUAACAAAUCAGUGUAUUGUAAUAAUGGUCCGAGUAUACAAGUCUUUCGUAUUUUAGAUAAUUUGUGUCUCCGUAAAGUCCUAUGUUUCCGGUUUAGAUAAUUAACAGAAAGGUCUAGUUACGUCUUACUCUGAUGAAAAUCAUUAUGUAAUGACUUCAUGAAUGUAUUGUACCAGUAUGGCUAAAUUAGUUUAAUUUGUAUAAUCGAACUCUAUCGUUUGAGAUUCUCAUUCCUCACGGCUCUGUCAUGAACAGGAUACCUGGAAAGAACAAGACCGGGAAAGACAAGAAGUAAUCCAAAUAAUCAUGCUCGUAAAGGUAUUUGUUGUUUCUUACUUAUAAUUGGUUUUUAGUAUGCCUUGUAAGUUUAGCCAGUAUUAAACAAUCAUUUACCAGAGAAGUAUUUGUGAUUAAUGUGAACUAGAUCUUUAAUCUACUUGGUAACGAUCUGGGUUCGAUAGUUCUUAUCGGUUUACUUUGUUGGUUUCCUUCACAUUUCAGGACAUUAAUGUACUUGUUUUCUUUCCCCUUUAACUGUGUCUAUUGACCUAUAAGUAACAUUCAUCUUUGUCGGUCAAAAGGUCGUGUAUUAUUAAUAAUCACUGGUGUUCGUCACCUAAAAUGGCUAUGUUAAAUUGUUCCCAUCAGGGACGUCUACCACUCGCAUCCUUCAAAUUUUACAUGGAUAUACUGCUGGGGGGGGGGAAAUGUAUCAUCAUCUGUUUUCGUUGGUCCACAUUUCUAUGGAUGAAGAUGCUGAGUGUUUAUUUCUUUUUGUUCCUGUAUCACAGUGAAAAAGUCCUUAAAUUGCUUAUAUCCAUCAGACAGUAGUUCAUGGAACCAGAAGUAACUUAAAGGUCACAAUUAUCUUUUAUAAUCUGAUUUCAGUCCCUACUACACCUACUUUAGCUUUUUCAGCUGGUAUGUAUCAUCAUAAUAAAGAACUCAAAGCAGAGUAAAUAAACUUAUAUUUCGUUACUAUUCCAGACUAACCUAUCAACAAAGGUAGUAGGCUACUCUCCUUAUCGUCAGUUUCAUUGCCACUGGUCAAUUUGCGGCCGUUAGUAUUAAGUCGCGCACAUGAAAAUGCUUGGGUUUUUGCAGCCUUUGCCACCUGUGGCACUAGAACUAUGCUCAACCACCCAUCAGAGAGGGCACGCUCCAUUAUUGUCUGCUCGGUAUUCACGUGUCAAAAAGUUUAGAUACAAGAGUUAUUCAUCAUUCGAUGAAACUGUUGAUACAGAUUUAUUCACUUUUUGUCUUCUCUUCCAUCAUGAGCUUCCGAAUUAUCAUAUCUGUUAUUCUUUGAUUUAACUAUUUCUCCAAUAAUCUCUUUGACUUAUCUUUUUUACUAUCGCUAAUACUACCGUUACCUCUAGUACUUUGUUAUUCCGGUGACUGCGGUGAUUUGGUGUGGCGAAUAUGAUCAAUAAACAUUUGUUACAGGAUUAUGAGUUAUUCCUAACUAACUGAAUGACUCUAUCUUAAAUUCGCUGAAUACGUGCAUGCUUUCCAAACCUUGUUUCGGUCCACAUGUGCUACAACAAAAACACAUAAGUAUGUCAUCUUCUGUAUAACGUUAUUUCACCAGAAAACGAUGAUGAUACGAUUUGGGAUGCUAUUAUUCCUCUUUCAGUCAUUAAUUGUGAUUAAGUUGUGUCUUGUAGUUUGGGUUCUUUAAAAAUGUAUUUUUAUAGCUUCCAUUAGAGGUAAUCCAAAGGAAGACCAUUUAAGCAGUCAGCGAUAACUAGUUGCUGAAUACGUAUCCAUCGUGGGAAAUAAAAACAUUCUGAUUCUCAAAAACCACGAAUUGCAAUGAUUCGUGAGAAUGAAAAUUAUUGUAGAAAUAUGUAUUAGGUUGAUGUAAAUGGUUUCAUUUUUGUAAAUAAAUCCAGGUCUUUUCUGUAAAAAAGACCUGUCAACUACGUUUUUGCAACUAACGUUGAUGUGCGUCAUCAAAAUAUAUUAACAUCUAAUUUAUCAAAAAACUCCCCAGUGAUGUUAGUUGUAAUGAGGGUUUAUCGGUUAACAACCUUUGAUCAUAUUUUUAAACUCCUUAAUCAAAUUUAUCGGUGUACUGAAGAUUGCUUGAUUUCCUUUUUUUGUUACGUAAUUCAUUUUGUUUGUGAAUGCGGAACCAAUAAAUUGCUUUACGUUGUCAGAUUAUCGAGGUUUCAAAGUACUACAGGAAUAAUGUCCACACAUUUGUUUUUUCAUUUGUGAGUACUUUCGACUGUUGCCCGCUACGGAUUCACAACAUUUUUCGAGUCUGUACUUUGUAUAAUUAAAUAGAAAUCGCAGUAACUAUUUUGUGUGCUAAUCGAGAUUGUUUCUAACACAUGUACGUACUAGUUUAGGAUCGAUCAAUUCCUUAUUCAUCUUUCCAAUUUUUAUUUUAGAUGUGCUAUCAUAAUUUUCUUAUACCUUACUUGUGGUGUGCAACUAGUCAUCGUUUCUUUACUUAAGUUGAGUGCAUGAUAGUACCAUAAUCGCCGAAAAACUUGGUAUAUCAUAUCAAAAUGAUGACUAUCCGUCUGAGUACCCAUGGGUGGUGUGUGCUGAUUAUAAGCAUUUUGGUUAUCCUUCUGUACUAUCUGUCGUCAUUUAAUCCUAUCGGACAUCUUAAAGGGGAAGUUACCAGUGUUCGAAGAUUGUUAACUCACUGCAUACAUCUUUCCGAAGAAGCUGGUGGUCUUAUAAAAUUUAUUAGUUUGAAGCAUAGCCUUAAUUCACGUACCAAACACGGGGGUAUGCUGAAGCGAGAGCCUCUGACAGAUGCGGACCUGGGAUCUCAUCAAAUAAUCGUGUCGGGUUUGACCUCGGCUUUUCCAGAGCUACUAGUUCGCUCCGAAGAGCAUGAAUUACCAACACACCGUCUGUUUGAUUAUAAAGAAAGUGUUUAUCAUUCGGAUUUUCAAAGUUCUCUUCCUAAUGAUGAUCUUUUUGUGCCUAUUACAGAUUUGGUGAUAUGGGUAGAUCCCUUAGACGGAACUCAAGAGUAUACAGAAGGCUUAAAUGAAUAUGUUAGCGUCAUGAUAUGUAUUGUACUUCAUGAUCACCCAAUAGCUGGUAUUAUCCAUCAGCCAUUUCUUAACAAAACAUACUGGGGUUGGGGUUCAUAUGCAUUAUCAUCUGAUUUACAAAUGGCUGUAAAUUCUCGUCCUGUUCAUUCGUUAAAAAACGAUUUGUCGAUUACUUAUUCACGUUCACAUUUAAACGAAUCACUCAUAAAAGAUUUGACCAAACUUGUAUAUCCGAAACCAGUUCAUUUUAUACCUGCAGGUGGUGCGGGAACAGUCACGACUAUCAAAAGUAACAUGAAUACGUUCUCAUGACCAUAUGAAUUUGUGAAUCACUGGUGCGAAAUGAAGUAAAUUAUACUUUUAAAGCUUUAAAGCUAUCAGUCUUAUCAAAGGAGAUGCAGAUGUGUAUAUUCACCCAUCAACUACACGUCGAUGGGAUGUUUGUGCACCACAAGCAAUCUUGGAAUCUGUCGGUGGUCGUCUUACCGGACUGCAUGGUUCUCCUCUUGAAUUUGGCUCAAAAUCUUCUCCAGGUAUACAAAGCGAAAUAGGCCUCUUCGCCGCUGCAGAUCGUGUGUUGUAUGAUAGGUGGAAUACCAAAAUUUCCGAUUUCUUUAAAACCUGAAGUUGAAUCUCGUUUCCCUACAUAAUAUCCGAAGUUGUUUCAUAUCUUUUAUAUUCGGGAAAUUAUGCGGUAAGCAUCACCAAUUGUAAAACAUAUUAUCAACAUUACACCAAUAUAAUUCAUCUGUUUUUCCAAUCGACUCUUGUGUUUCACAACGAUAUACAUUGCUACGAUGAUAGUUUGAUACAUAUUUUCAUAAAACAAAUAUAUCUAAUAAAAUCCGUUCUCUUCUGCAUUCCUCUUCUUAUAUACUAGAAAAUGAUGCAUUCUUCUAUAUAUGGAUUUGUUGUCAAGCUAUAGGCUUUAUAAACUUUGUUAAAAGGAAACAAACAAGCUUGAUCUAUCCUUCCGAACUUUCUUAUUUUGAAAAUAAACAGCUUAUGUCA